AAGAGCAUUUACUGCACAAGCUCUCUGACGGAGCCUGGAAGGCAGGGGACCGGCAAGAGCGUCGAUAGAUUUUGUGGCAUUUUCACAAUUUCGGCAUUGAAGGGUUUGUUUUUCGAAACAUUACGUGAUGCGCCCAGAAAAGCACGAUUGAAUUCGCUGUUGGGUUUUUAUUGAAUGCGUACAUUCAGUUUGUAUGCAGAAUGCACGCUCCGGCGGUUCGAGCCAGGCAAAUUAUGGUUUGCAGAGCCACCAAAUUGAGGGUUGAGAAUGAUUGAGCUCAUGUUGGAUCAAUGCCUAGAGAUUGGUGCUUGAUAGUCAGAUAUGGCCAAGCGUUGCGUGAGUCGGCAGGUGAAGGGAAUCAUUAGAUUGAUUGCCAGCAACGGGGUCGAAAGGAAUCCAGGAAUCUGGGUUUCAAGUCAAUUGCACCACUUUGGCUCAUCUGAUAUUAAGGAUGAUUUGCUUUCUUCCUCUACGCCAUCACAUCAAUUAUUUUUGAGUGGAAUACGACAUACGCACUAUUCAGGUUUCAUUUUUUGUAGAAACCGCUUAUUUAAACAUGCUUCCACUUUGCCAGAAUUUCCAGAGGAACCCGGUGUGAAUCCGGAUCCACAAUGUGAAAAAACUCCUCUCGAUAGGCCAGGAGAUGUAUUAGCUCAAGAUACUUUGCCAAAUGUAGAAAUUUCACCGUCCUCUGUUGGAAAUGUAGCGAAAAUGUUAACCAUCGUCAAGAAUUUACCCUGGACUUCUAGCUCAGAGAAGGCACUUUCGCAGUUUAGGGGAACACUUCAUCCAGAUCAGGUUAGUACAGUUUUAUGGCGUUUGGAAGGACGCGAAGAGGUGGAGACAGGGUUGAAGUAUUUCUACUGGGCCAAAGCACAGAAUGGAUUCAAGCAUAGCAUAACUUCCUUUAACACUAUGUUGGUUGUUUUAGCCUCAUGGGGCAUUCUUGAUCCCCUAGAAACCUUGUUGAAGGAAAUGGUUGCCGAGGGUCGUCCACUGCGACCCAACACACUGGUGAAGCUCAUCACAGCCUAUGGCCGUGGCAAUAAAUCCGGUGAUGCAUUUGAUCUUUUCAAUCAAGCAGAAUCUUUUGCCUGCAGUCCCACAGUGCACGCCUUCACCAAGCUCAUAGACAUUCUUGUCAACAGCGGAGAGUUUGAGAGAGCAGAACUUGUGUAUAAGAAGCUGGUGCAGAAAGGAUGUCAGCUGGACCGUUUUGCGUACAACGUUUUGAUCCGCUACUUCGGCCGCUCUGGUCAACUGGAUUCGGCUAUGGAGAUGUUCAGAGAAAUGAAGAUAAAGGGGUCAGAGCCUGAUGAAUAUACUUACGGCUUUUUGGUGAAUGCUCUCGGCAAGGCAGGGAGGGUGCAGGAAGCUCGCUCAUUCUUUGAUGCCAUGCUUGAGAGAGGUUUAACUCCAAACAUCCCCACAUACAACCUCCUCAUGGACGCUUUCAGGAAGGUCGGCCAAUUAGAUAUGGCCUUGGGACUCUUCGCUGAGAUGAAGAGGAGAGGUUUCCAGCCUUCGGUGGUGACAUACAACAUCCUCUUGGACGCAUUGUGCAGUGCUGGACGUGUUGGGGCUGCUAGGAAGCUGUUCCACAAAAUGACGGGGGAUGGCUGUAGUCCGGAUUCUUACACAUAUUCAACUCUAGUGAAUGGGUUAGGGAAAUCUGGCAGAGUAGAAGAAGCGCACAAAGUGUUCAGAGAAAUGGUGGACAGAGGGGUGGCUGUUGAUUUAGUGAAUUACAACAGCCUGCUGGCCACUUUGGCGAAGGCGGGGAACAUGGACCGUGUCUGGAAGCUGAUGAAGGAGAUGUCUCGGAAGGGAUUUCAUCCUGAUGCUUUUUCAUUUAAUACUAUAAUGGAUGCGCUAGGGAAAGCUAAUAAACCAGACGCUGCUCGUGAAGUCUUUGCACGUAUGGUGGAGUCGGGCUGUAAGCCCGAUCUGAUCUCCUACAACAUACUUAUUGAUAGUUAUGCCAGGUUUGGAGAUGCAGCCCAGGCAAGACAAAUGCUCGAAGAAAUGGUGGAAGCAGGCUUUAUUCCGGAGACAAAGACAUACAAUAGUUUGAUCCAUUGGUUGGCUACAGAUGGACAAGUGGAUGAAGCAUUCGCUGUGCUCGAGGAGAUGGAAACUGCGGGUUGCAGGCCCGAUGUUGUGACGUAUAACCGGCUCAUGGACAUGCUCGGUAAGAGAGGAGAGAAUCAGAGAGCAGCUCGGUUAUUUCAGCAAAUGAAGGACAAGGGUGUUGAGCCUGACACUCUCUCUUACGCUGUGAGAAUUGAUGGACUUGCGUUUGAUGACCGGCUGGAUGAGGCGCUUGUGCUGUUCAAGGACAUGAAGGCAGUUGGAUGCCCCGUGGAUAAAGCCAUGUACCGCAUCCUCAUACGGGCAGCUCACAGAGCAGGUGACACCGAGCUUGAAGCCCAACUGAAACAUGAAAGUCAGUUUAUGCCAGUAGAAUCUAGGCUUACGUCGCAGAAAGCUAAGACUAAGUGAAAAGAUCCUAGUGACCUGUAAUUGUUUGAGUUUAGUGUACUCUUUUUCUGAAAAUUAUUGCAGUAGUUUAACUGUAUGAUGUGCAUUGCAUUUUUUUUCAGUACAACCUAAUACAUGGUGCAGUCAUCGACACCUCACAAAUUGGGGUCCAGCAAACA